AAGCAUAUAAAAAUAAGUUUGCAAAUACACAAGAACUUGUUUGCCACCACUUAAAAAAUUGCAAAUAUUUUAAGCAAAAAUAUAAUGAAUUCGAACAGGCAGAAAUUUUAGCCAAAUCAGAUAAAGUGGAUUCAGCAACUAAUAAUUCUUUUCAAGAAAGUACUGAUGAUAAUUCUGCUACUGGAUCUGAGAUUUCUUCAACUGCUAACUCUCUUCAGUUAGAUAAGUUUCAAGCUACAAAAAUAGAAGAUAAAGAUAAUGAUAAUCUUAACAGUUUUUCUAAAAGUAUCCUUUCUAAUAUUUCAGACAAUGAGUGGUGGAAAAAUCUUAUACAAUUAAAGGUUCUUCUCAAACCAUAUAUGACAUCAUUAAAUAAACUUCAACAAGACAAAGGCUGUCUUACUGAAGUUUUACAUAGCUUUGGAUGGUUAUUAAAAACAUACAAGCAAACUAUUGCUAUUUCAUUUGAACAAAUAAAUCCUAAUAAUGAUAACGGAGAUGAAUUUAUAUUAUCAGAAGAAAAUACUGACAAUAAUGAUAUUGAUACAGAAUACAUCAGGGAUAGUGAUCAUAUAGAAGCAGUUAAGUGUGUAGAUGACUGGAAAGUAAUUGUAGAAGAAUGGAUUAAUCUAACUAAAAAAGAUGAUAAGCAUAUGCAAUCUAAUUCAUCUA